AUGGACCCUCCCUAUAUAUACGAGGAUAUUGUACGUCAUAGGUUUUAUGUAGUAGCUGCGGAGAUUAGGACUCGUAUGUACAUUCUGUGUGAUCAUCCUUUCCAUCACCCGAUUGACACUCCACAGUUUAACCCCGACAUGCCCUAUGAGUUCCCACUGCAAUGGCUCCACCCGGAUGCUCCUUUUCACCCGUUUCAUGAUGGACCGGUGCCUCACCAGCAUCCCGAUCAGCCUGCGUAUCAGGCAGACCCUGAGCCUGAGCCCAUGGAGGAGCAUUUUCCAGAGCCUGUACCGGAGGCACGGAGGAUUCCGAACGUUUUUCCCUUCAGCAGCACGAUGGAGACGGGAGUUAUAUUUUACAAGAUGGACCCUCCCUAUAUAUACGAGGAUAUUGUACAGCAUAGAUUUUAUGUAGUAGCUGCAGAGAUUAGGACUCGUAUGUACAUUCUGCGUGAUCAUCCUUUCCAUCACCCGAUUGACACUCCACAGUUUAACCCCGACAUGCCCUAUAAGUUCCCACUGCAGUGGCUCCACCCGGAUGCUCCUUUUCAGCCGUUUCAUGAUGGACCGGUGCCUCACCAGCAUCUUGAUCAGCCUGCGGAUCAGGCGGACCCUGAGCCUGAGCCCAUGGAGGAGCAUUUUCCAGAGCCUGUACCGGAGGCACGGAGGAUUCCGAACGUUUUUCCCUUCAGCAGCACGGUCAGAAAGUUUCUCUAG